GGUACAAUUCUUAGUACCACAAAGAGGAAGUGCUUUUUCUCCUUCCUUUAAGAAAAAGUUCCAGUUCAAACCAUCAGUCUCUGUAGGUUGUCUUAAUUGCUACUUUGCACUGCACUGGACUAUGACUGAUUUUUGGCACAUGCUAUCAUACACAAAGUUCCUAAAAUAAAAUGCUCCAGGAUAUCCUAGGAACUCUUAGAAGGCUUUAAAAAGGGACUCACACACUGAAAGAAUAUCUUUGAUGAAGACAAUUCAGGCAAGCAGAAUGAUUGCAACAGAAUUACAUGAUUAAUUGAGAUCUUGAAGUGGGUCCGGUGAAUCCUGGCCACCUAACUUAUCAUGAUUUGGGGGAGUUUCACGAGAAUCCAGUUUUGAUAGAACAAUUGUUUUUUUCCUCCCCAAGUGACUAUACAUUUAAAUAGCUAAAACAUCUGUUCAGCAACAUAGUAAAACAUGUAUACUCGGAACGCUUGAGAGAAGAGCCUGCCAAACAAUCGGUUGAGAGGGACUUUGCUGAGGGAGAGCACCAAGAUAAAGCAACACUGUUUGUUUUGUCUAGUCAGGGGGAAAGCCAAGGCAACCAAUAUUUUGGUUUUUAUAAUUUUCAUUUGUGAAGAAUUAUUUGAGAAAGGGUGGCGAGGGGAGAUUUCCUGAUGGGAGUUUCUUAAGCUGUCCAUUAGUAGAAGAGCAAGAGAGCCUUGGAUGUCAACGCCUCACUCUUGAGACCAGCCACCAAACCACAAAAAGUGACUUUCUUCUCGUGUGCUCGCUACGGCCCUUCUGAUGGAAGCAGAAACAGGGAGCAGCGUGGAGACUGGAAAGAAGGCCAGCAGAGGCACUCGAAUUGCCCUGGUUGUGUUUGUCGGUGGCACCCUAGUUCUGGGCACGAUCCUCUUUCUAGUGAGUCAAGGUCUCUUAAGUCUCCAAGCUAAACAGGAGUACUGCCUGAAGCCAGAAUGCAUCGAAGCGGCUGCUGCCAUCUUAAGUAAAGUAAAUCUGUCUGUGGAUCCUUGUGAUAAUUUCUUCCGGUUUGCUUGUGAUGGCUGGAUAAGCAAUAAUCCAAUUCCCGAAGAUAUGCCAAGCUAUGGGGUUUAUCCUUGGCUGAGACAUAAUGUUGACCUCAAGUUGAAGGAACUGUUGGAGAAAUCAAUCAGCAGGAGGCGGGACACCGAAGCCAUACAGAAAGCCAAAAUCCUUUAUUCAUCCUGCAUGAAUGAGAAAGCGAUUGAAAAAGCAGAUGCCAAGCCACUGCUACACAUCCUACGGCAUUCACCUUUCCGCUGGCCCGUGCUUGAAUCUAAUAUUGGCCCUGAAGGGGUUUGGUCAGAGAGAAAGUUCAGCCUUCUGCAGACACUUGCAACGUUUCGUGGUCAAUACAGCAAUUCUGUGUUCAUUCGUUUGUACGUGUCCCCUGAUGACAAAGCAUCCAAUGAACAUAUCUUGAAGCUGGACCAAGCAACACUCUCCCUAGCUGUGAGGGAAGACUACCUUGAUAACAGUACAGAAGCCAAGUCUUAUCGGGAUGCCCUUUACAAGUUCAUGGUGGAUACUGCCGUGCUUUUAGGAGCUAACAGUUCCAGAGCGGAGCAUGACAUGAAGUCAGUGCUCAGAUUGGAAAUUAAGAUAGCUGAGAUAAUGAUUCCACAUGAAAACCGAACCAGUGAGGCCAUGUACAACAAAAUGAACAUUUCUGAACUGAGUGCUGUGAUUCCCCAGUUCGACUGGCUGGGCUACAUCAAGAAGGUCAUUGACACCAGACUCUACCCCCAUCUGAAAGACAUCAGCCCCUCCGAGAAUGUGGUGGUCCGCGUCCCACAGUACUUUAAAGAUUUGUUUAGGAUAUUAGGGUCUGAGAGAAAGAAGACCAUUGCCAACUAUUUGGUGUGGAGAAUGGUUUAUUCCAGAAUUCCAAACCUUAGCAGGCGCUUUCAGUAUAGAUGGCUGGAAUUCUCAAGGGUAAUCCAGGGGACCACAACUUUGCUGCCUCAAUGGGACAAAUGUGUAAACUUUAUUGAAAGUGCCCUCCCUUAUGUUGUUGGAAAGAUGUUUGUAGAUGUGUACUUCCAGGAAGAUAAGAAGGAGAUGAUGGAGGAAUUGAUUGAGGGCAUUCGCUGGGCCUUUAUUGACAUGCUGGAGAAAGAAAAUGAGUGGAUGGAUGCAGGAACGAAAAGGAAAGCCAAAGAAAAGGCGAGAGCUGUUUUGGCAAAAGUUGGCUAUCCAGAGUUUAUAAUGAAUGAUACUCAUGUUAAUGAAGACCUCAAAGCCAUCAAGUUUUCAGAAUCCGACUACUUUGGCAACGUCCUACAAACUCGCAAGUAUUUAGCACAGUCUGAUUUCUUCUGGCUAAGAAAAGCCGUUCCAAAAACAGAGUGGUUUACAAAUCCAACGACCGUCAAUGCCUUCUACAGUGCAUCCACCAACCAGAUCCGAUUUCCAGCAGGAGAGCUCCAGAAGCCUUUCUUUUGGGGAACAGAAUAUCCUCGAUCUCUGAGUUAUGGUGCUAUAGGAGUAAUUGUCGGACAUGAAUUUACACAUGGAUUUGAUAAUAAUGGUAGAAAAUAUGAUAAAAAUGGAAACCUGGAUCCUUGGUGGUCUACUGAAUCAGAAGAAAAGUUUAAGGAAAAAACAAAAUGCAUGAUUAACCAGUAUAGCAACUAUUAUUGGAAGAAAGCUGGCUUAAAUGUCAAGGGGAAGAGGACCCUGGGAGAAAAUAUUGCUGAUAACGGAGGCCUGCGGGAAGCUUUUAGGGCUUACAGGAAAUGGAUAAAUGACAGAAGGCAGGGAGUUGAGGAGCCUCUUCUACCAGGCAUCACAUUCACCAACAACCAGCUCUUCUUCCUGAGUUACGCUCAUGUGAGGUGCAAUUCCUACAGACCAGAAGCUGCCCGAGAACAAGUCCAAAUUGGUGCUCACAGUCCCCCUCAGUUUAGGGUCAAUGGUGCAAUUAGUAACUUUGAAGAAUUCCAGAAAGCUUUUAACUGUCCACCCAAUUCCACGAUGAACAGAGGCAUGGACUCCUGCCGACUCUGGUAGCUGGGACGCUGGUUUAUGGCAUCCUGAGACAGCUGCACAGUGCCAGCAGAGGCUUUAGGCCUGGAGACUUUCAUUUUUAGUGCAUUUUCGUUAUUUGGGUAGGUGACCUGCUUGGAUCUAGACAGUAUCUGUUCAAAGUUGUAGGGCUUAUAAAAUGGAAUACAAGAAUGAACUAAGUAUGCUUCUUUAGAAAAUCAAACCAACAAAAAUAAA